ACGAUCAGCGAGCUCAUGAGAGAUUUCUCCAUAGAGGAGCAGAAGCGCAUUUCCAAGGGGAGUGCGACGUUCGCUCGCGACACCUUUUGUGAGAUCACCAAGGGCGCGCCCGUGAUCGUGAAUCAUGUGCGCGACGAGGCGGGCAUGAGAGCCCGGUCGUUCACGGAGGGCGUCGGGCCCGAGCUGCGCAGGGGCAGGUACAGCGAAGUCCUCAACCAUUCUAUAUCUGUGAGCGCUGGAGGCGUCACUCUGCGGUGGUUCACUGAGCUCCAAGCCUUGGAGAGGAAGGAUCACCAGACGCUUGCCGCAG